GGAGAAUUAGUUACUAAGCAAACGGCGAAGAUUCACGUGGUACAGGAUCAACAGACACUAAUCAAUAUUAAGUCUAGUGCAAUGAAUCACAUCUGACUAAUCCGUUACCAACCCGCCGCUCCGACAGGCUUCCUAUUGAAAAAGUAACUUCCAGCGGAGACAGAGGAACAGACACUGCUAUUUCAACAAUUCCCCCCGCCGGAAAACACCGUGUUCACUCCUUCUAGUCGCCCUAGAGCCAUUCGGUACCGUGUAUAAGGGAAACGGGCCCCUCGUUCCAUUCCAAUUCGGAAAAUUGGUUCCCCGCGGUCAUAGCUCUGGGCUUUUGUCCAAUUCCUAGUAUAUAUAAUAUACCGGAAUAACAGGGAAAUCAAACCCUACAAGUACAGGAGGGAAAGGAACAAAGGAAAGGGAGGCGGGCGAAAAAGCAAAAAACAGAUAAGGGCGAAGGGCAACAACCCAGGAAGGGAGAAAAAAGAAAUAAGAGGAAACCGGCACACCAAAAGCCUUAAAGAAGAGAAAAAAUUUAUUCACAAUGCUCAGCGCCGUGCUCCGCAGACUCCAAGGCGGGAAUCUUGAAGUGUUCAAGUUCGGCAUCUACAUCCUCUUCCCCAUCGGCUGGAUGUACUAUUUCGGUACGAACCUCGAAGAACGCUUCUCCGUCCCCGGUUUCUGGCCCACGAAGGAACAAUCACACAAGAUCCCCCUCGAGCUUGGUGAUAUUGAGAAGGAGCUGGCGCGCAUGGAUAAGCAGAAGGCGUUGCGGGCGGCGCAAUUGCGGGGUGAGCGUGCAGUGGGGAGUGAAGGCGGUAGUGUCGCGGAGGGUUCGUGAGUUACAUAUUUCGAGCGUUGUAUAACAAAUGGGAUAUGAGGGAUCAAAGAAUGGAAGGAAGUGGGAGGUAAGGUGGCAUAUGGAGGGGUGUUAAAAGGGUUUUUUCCCCUUCCCUCGGGCCUGGCCCAGUUUCUGUGUAUAUAUAUACAUAAGGGAUAUGAUAUUCUUUGGCAAAGCAUCUUUUCUUCGGCAUGGGAUUAAAGGAGUUCGUUCUGGGAUGGAUGGAUUGGCUUCUUGUUUCAUUCCUUGGCUUCAAUUUUGGAAUGUGUUGUAUUUAUUGUGUACAUAUAUAUUAAUUCUCCUCUUCGCAAUUUUUCAUUGAUAAUAUCUGGCUUGAAUGAGGUGUAUAAGCAGCCAACGGACAAAACACAUAUGUGGUGCAAGGAGGCGGGGAUAUAGACGCAAAAACCGACACAAUAACACCCGAUCAUUGAAGAUAUUAAAUUAGUAUAAAACUUGCCGCAUGGAACGUAGACAUUAUGAGAGUGACCAUAGAUAGGCUAACAAGAAGAACAGAAUAACAUCCUCAUCCUGAGAACGAACCAUCGUAUGCAACACGAGCCACG